CCGGGCACAGGCAAACACCACACCUGUAAACUGGCAGAUACGAGAAUCCUGAUUGUGCAGAUUCCCAUCUUGGCUUGUCUUGGGUAUGUUUCCUUGCGUUGCUUGUGUAGCCGGUAUCUUAAUUCGUCAUUACACGGUUGGUCUACACGUCACUAUGGCAAAGAAAUGUACCGAAUUGUGCUACGGGUUUAUCCUAGACCCCAUGUUCGGUCUCAUGGAGAGUCGAUAAAGGACCUGCGAUCAAUUGACUCCCAUGCCCCUUCCCCAGAUCUUGGUAUUCCUGGAGGUGGAUUCUUAAACUCCAGGUUUCUCCUGCCUAGCCCCCUUGAUUUCACCCCGAAGAUAUCUGCGCACGUUUUUACAGUUUGCUCACAUCUCAGAACUUUUUGUUUCAAAAAAACUGUUGUUCAGUGCCAGGGCUUGUGUCACAAACCCGUCUACAUCUUUUCGUGAACGGCCAACAUGAACGCUAUGGGCGAGCGGAUCUAUAACGAGAAAGGCAGCAAAAAAGGCUCACGGGAGGACCUUGCGAUGUCUAACGCCAGUACCCAGACCGGGUCAAUGGAAGAUGUCUCCACGACAUCCUCGAUGGAGUCUCGGCUCCGGGAGCCCAGCUGGCCACGAUCGUGGCAGGCAUAUACCUGUUGGCUUGGUUGCUUCUUCCUCAUGUUCAACUCCUGGGGUCUGGUCAACGCCUACGGGACCUUUGCCUCUUACUACGUCGGCCACUCCUUGAGAGAUCAGGACCAACUGGAGCUGAAUCUCAUUGGUUCGACCCAAUCUUUCCUUGUCCUCCUGUUUUCUGCUCCCGUAGGACGACUCCUGGAUGCUGGUCAUUUCCGGUACGUCAUUGGUACGGGUGCUUUCCUCGUUCCAUUUGGCAUGUUUAUGCUCUCUGUCGCGCAUCCGACAAAUGAAAAUGCCCUUGCCAACUAUGCCAAUAUAUGGCUUACUCAGGGGUUUGUAGUUGGCCUGGGUAUGGCCUGUUAUUUUGUCUCCAGCUCGCAAGUUUCCGCAACUUGGUUCCCCAACCGCAAGGGACUUGCUGUGGGCUUUGUAGCCUGCGGCGCCAGCAUCGCUGGCGUUGUAUACCCAAGUAUGACGCGCUACCUCAUCGAAAGCAUGGGUUUCAACAAUGCUGUUCGCUUGGUCUCCACUCUUGUCGCGGUCACUUCUCUCUUCUCGCUGAUAUUCGCUCAACCGAACCCUGCCCACAGCCACCCUAAGCCACAGAGCUACCGUGCGCUGAGGACCUGGAUUGACCCCGAUGCAAUCAACAAUAAAGCCUUUAUCUGGUUCACCAUCGCCGUGGCAUUCCUCUUCUUCGGUUUCUACCCGGUCUUCUUCAAUCUUGAAGAGUGGGCAGCAGUGUCCGGCUACGGCACCCGCAAUGGCUCCCAUGUCCCCAUCCACAUCGUUCAAUCCGACAACAAACCCCUCCAAACCUUCUGGCUCCUCACCAGCAUGAACGGCGCCUCCACCAUCGGCCGCCUCACCAUGGCCGCCUUCUCCGAUAGAACAGGUCAAUUCAACAUGCACAUCGUUGCCCAGAUCCUGUCUUCCCUGCUCGUCCUCGUUCUCUGGAGCCUAGCGGGCUCCACGGCGGCUGCCAUCGCUUUCUGCAUCCUCUUCGGCAUGACAUCCGGAACCGUUAUCGGGCUUCCACCAGCAAGUAUGGCGAAUAUCCUAGCGGGGACGUACAACACGCCCGAGACACAGCAUCAUCGCCACACGAAACUCGGGCAAUGGACCGGCAUGAUGUAUACCUUCGCGGCUGUACCCUCGCUCGCGGGGCCCGUCAUUGCAGGCCACCUUGUCACGCAGUACUCGACGUAUAUCACUGUGCAGAUGUGGGCCGGAGCGAACUUAAUGGUGUCGGCCGCGUGUAUGUUGGUUGCGAGGUGGUAUCUGCCGUGCGCGGAUGGGGAGAGAGUGGGUGCAAAGAUUACGCGCGCAUUAGGAAGACGUGCUGCUCGUACCCCUACCGGUUGCGGUCGCGGUCCUGACUCGUCGGGCAAAGAGAAGGGUAACGAUCCGAAUACUGAUAUAGAGGGUAUGAUUCGCGUCGCCGAUGGAGGCGGGGUUUCGCACUCGCAGGCACCCACUUGUGUCCCCUCCAGGCAGAUUUCCGAUCAAACGGUAGACACCCUAGAGAGGUUUCCGAAGGCUGUGGCGCCUGAGAAGGUGGUUUGAUGGGUCGGACCAUUCAUUAAGCAGGUCAUGCAUGUGGAGUGGAGAUUCGUAUCGGUUCAUUACACUACGUACGUUGCAUGGGGAUUGGCAAUGUUGUCUCUGUCUCGUCUAUAUUGAGGAUUCUGGACAUCUGCAAGUUUCCC